AUGUCUUUGGUUAUUCAAGAACAGGGUUCAUUCCAACACAUCUUGCGGUAUGUUUAUUUCAGCCUGUUUAUUCGUUGUACCGCCGUCUUAGUUGGAAGAUAUGAUUGGAAGAGUCAAGAGAUGAAAAGUUGA